UAAAAGAUGGCGGCGCCCACGUCCGCUAGUUUUAAAGUUUCCACGUUGGAAUCCCAGAAUGAUAGUUUCCGUGAAAGAUAUGCCCCUAAAAUGGCUCAGACUGGAACAAGAUUUUACCAGGGGUCUGAUAACGUAAAUUCUGCUGUACUGUCAGAUCGGGAGGCCUUCAAAAUCGACAUAGAUGCGUACGACACGUCAAUGGAUAUUGCUCCAGUUGCACAGUCAACUUCGUCAGAUUUGCGGCAGAGAGCAGUGUUGAAUGGAGGGGCUAAGGAUCACAUCACAGGACCAAUCCAGCCCUUUGCCAGACCACAGCAAGGAGUCUUGUCCAAGCUUAUACAGGAGUUCCGAUCAGUAAUUGGUGAAAGAGAAGCUAGAAGGGUCGUCAUCUUGGGAGUUUUUGACAUUGCCUGUAUGCUGGUGCUUCUACUGUGGUGUCAGUCUACCAACAGCAUGGCCCUGAGUGCCUAUACAUACCUGACAGUAUGUGAUCUAAUGUUACUGGUGACAUGCCUCAUCACGAUAUGGGUGUCUCAACAGAGACCAGUGUCUGUAUAUUCAUUUGGAUUUGAACGGUUUGAAGUUCUUGCUGUCUUUUCCUGUACGAUGCUGGCAAUUUUCGGUGCAAUAUUCAUCAUGAAAGAAAGCACAGAGCGCUUUUUCCAGCCAGUGGAUAUCCACACUGGUCGCCUGAUGCUGGGCGCCGGUUUGGGCUUCGUCUGUCACAUCACAGUGACCUACGGGGCCAACAGCAAGGCAUUCAGGCACGUCAUUGAGGCCUCACGAUCUAGCUGGCUGCAGGAACACUUUGCUGACAUGAGCAGAAACUUUUGUGCAGUAGUUCCAGGGUUUGAUCGCCUCCUCCUUCCCAGGGUGAACCCCUUCGUCUUGAUUGCCAUGGCUGGUGCCCUUGCCCUCCUCAUCACUGAUCUCCUGGUGGACGUCAACAAUUACUUUGUAGCGGACACCCUAGCAGCUGUUUCCAUAGCCCUGAUGACCUUUGGUACCAUGCUUCCUAUGAGUAUCUACACGGGUACCAUCCUACUGCAGACAUCUCCCGCUCACGUCAUUGGACAGCUGGAUAAGAGUCUAAGAGAGGCCUCAACCCUGGACGGUGUGCUGGAGUUUCGCAAUGAGCAUUUUUGGACAGUCUCGUUUGGUGCCAUCGCCGGUUCACUUCAUGUCCGAGUGCGUAGAGAUGCAAAUGAGCAGAUGGUUCUUGCCCAUGUUGCCAACAAGCUCUCCCACCUUGUCUCAACUCUCACCAUCCAAGUUACCAAAGAUGACUGGACCCGUCUGACUCCCCUCUCCUCUUUCCCAGGGGAGGCCCUGUCCUCUAAGCUUCCACCCCCUGCCCCCCUCAACCCCAACUUUGUCGCCAGCAACCCUGGACUGAACACCUACUCAGCUGCCACAUCAUUACAACAACAGCAGCAGCAAAAGAGCCUUUAUGACUUCCAGAUUCCUGCUAUGCCGAGCAGGGCCUCCAGCACUCCGUACGGAACACCCAGCCGAGACCUGAGUUUCCACUCCGGAAUUGGGCCCAUUUCCUCCCAAGGGGAGUUCAACUCGCCCGCCUUGGACAGAUACAGCACGGAUCCACAGCUCAAAGGAAUCUUGAGAACAGGUGGAAUGGGGCUGAGGACAUUACCGCCCAAUAUGGCCAACAGCCGGCCCCCUACAAGUAGCCGCAGCGCUGUUAUCGAUGUGAACAGCCUGGGUACCGCAAAUCUCUACACACAGGGGAAAAUCCUGACAGACCAAAAUCAUCUGCAUUUUGAUUCGUGAAACUUCCUGUACAUCCAAAUGCAGAUCAUGUUCUCAUUCAAAGGCCAACUCUAAGUUGUUAAUAUAAUCAGAUAUUUUAUUGAUGGACCUGUAAAUAUGUAUAUGUCUGUGCUACCUUUUUUUUUUUAACUCAAAGUAAAAAAAAGAUGAAACAAGAAACACGUACUGUCCAGACAGGUAUUUACAAUUAAGUAAAACAAGUUUUCUGGUCUAGUUAUUACCUUCUGUCUUGUUCACAGUCAAGAAGGUUUAUUUGAAAGGAAUUUUCUUUAUUGGAAUUUUCUACUUUAUGUUGUAGUUUAUGAUUCAGAAAAGCCCUUGAGGUCAUGUUGAAACGUUCGGAAAGGUUGGAUAGGUGAUCCAUUUGUGCGUGAGCCAUGCAUCUUGGAGAAGAUUCCGAAAUGGUCCUAAGCAGUUUGUAUCAGAACUAACACACAAGACACUGCAUUAAUUCUAACAAAAGUGGGGGCGGGGGCGAUAUUUGUUUCUGUUGAUGUGCACGAUGCACACAGGCAGACACGCGUAAGGGAAUGAACUUUAAAUGACCCCAACAGCAAAACUGUAUGUCAUAUUGCAUGGAACUUCACAGGUGCUUGUGUAAUUUGAAAAAGAACGAGCGUGGAACAGCUGAGAUCUUGGCCCACCUUCUCCUUUCCUCUCAGCUUAAAGAUGACUUGAAAGAAAUCCUCCUUUUUUAGGGUUAGGGCAAUGAAUAUUUGCCACAAUUUCUGCAAUCGUGCUUAUGCUCUAUUCCCCACUAGAAAACCAGUGUAGCACUGUGAGGUGAACAAUUAAAGUUGAGAGGUAUUUUUAUGCUGACCCCAUUGCCUCCCUCGAAUGCAUUAUCUUAAAUUUGUCCAGAGGAAUGCAGGCUCAUUUUGAAGUCUCUCAGGGACCAGUUUCCCCAGAAAACUGUAAAAGAAAACCAUAAGCCUUUUGAAACACAUUCCCUUUGGUAUUCCAUUUUCACAAAUAUUAUUUGCGGAUGCACUUGUCAUAAGAAACCAUGGUCAUUAAUGGUUCCUGAGAAUGAACAGCCGCAGUACCUCAGUAAGAUUCAACAUUUUUGUUGUGUCUUCUUUGUCAAGUGGUUGAAAUGUACCCAGUAACAUUAAUAAUGAGUGUACCUCAGCAGCAAAAUGUGCAUGUAGACUAUGGCUUUACGCUGUGUAUUAACCUUGAAAUUAUAAGAUGGAGGGUGAAGCAUGCUUGCUAAUUUUGUUCAAACAGGCUGUUUACCAGUAUGACUACAGAUGGCCAGUAAAUCACACUUAAUCUUCUGGUCAACAAUAAAAAGGGACAGACUCUUCAAAUUGGACAAAAGGAAUGUAGUCACAUGUCCACCCUCACCUGGAAUCAUGCACAAGGGAAUUCCUGGAUCAGUGAAAUGAAAUUAAUACAAGUGGAUAGCUAAAUAAAGUUGUGCACAUAAGGAGGAAGUAUUGUAGCAUUGUGUCAGUGACUCAAAAAGGAAUACUCAAAAAUGUUCCAUUUUGUAGUUUAGUCCAAAGUUCCAGAAGUCCCUGCAAGUUCAUUACAAUUAAAGUUAUUCAUAAGUUAUUUAUAUGAACUGUGACACAAGCAUUCACUUAUUCACCCUGUUACUUACCACUGGUAUGGGCAUCGACAGGUUUGCUUUGGGGGAAAGAAAGGGCAAAGCACUCUGCAGCAAACCGACAAACCAUUAAUCAUGAAAGAAUGCCAAAGCAAACAGUGGUGAUCUUCAGCCCCUUUUUCAAUAUUUUUCCAUUUCUUUUGUCAAUUUGUCAAUAUUCCACCCUUGCUCCUCCAUCAUGCCAACCAUGAUGACUGGUCUUUUGGAAAACCAUGGACUGGACUUAAGAAAGGACUUGUUGAAGAUGUCGCAUUCUGAUGUUAUCACUGGUGUAUCCACUGCAUAUCUGCUUGCUGAAGUGGGAUCUAAAGAAAUGUUAGAACCUCAAAUUGUUUGACUUUUACUGGCCAGAAUGGGGGUGAUUAGGACCCACAGCUCAUGUUAAGUGACUUGUCACAAAAUAUGAACACUUUCAAUUGUCUCCAUGUGAGUGAGUUUUAUUUUACUGCACAACAGAAUAUUUCGAUUUCAAAGAGAGAAAGAAUUUCAGCGCCAGUCAUAGGAAGCAUUAUGUCAUUGCCAGCCUAAAGUUUGGUUAGUGCUAGCUGUGUGACGGAAGUUGUUCUCAUCAGUGUGUAGAUUGAAGGACCCUUUUUAUGUGUUUUUUUUUUUAUGCAGAUCUUGUAAUUGCUCCUUUGUGUCUCAUUUGAUUUUCAGUUGUGCUGUUUUAAGGGAAUGUUGCUUUCUCUUUUAUUUGCAGAUUUGCAUAUUUAUGAGCAAAAACAUAAUUUCAUCCAAGAAAAUCUCUUUGUUACAGUUAUUUUUGCACUAACAUUUGCCAAAGUGUGGAUAAUUUGCAGUCCUGAAUUUUUGUGAAUUUUUGUUUCAUGACAAUAGGCUAGCGAGCAAAGUUUCUUCACAUAUCCUCCAUGAGCAAAUUUUGGGUUCACAGUUUGAACAAAGAAAACGAACCAAUCGGUCAUCUUUUGUUUCUACAUCCGCACAAGGAAUGGCAUGCCCGCAGACACACAUGCAGAGCAGCAAUGCAUUUCGACUGAAUCAGUUUAUUGAGGGGGAACUGAAUCACUUGGUGGAUCAUUAAAUAACAUGUCCCUCGCUUCAGUAAAAAUAUUUUGCACCAAGACCUGUCUGUACAGUACAUCCAUAAUACUUGUUCAAGACCUCCUUCAAAAACAAAAGCACAUGCAUGGCAUUGUCCUUCCUAACUUUUCAUUUGGAGAAGAGUAGGUUUCUGGGAAAAUUAUGUGCCAGGUUCCUUGAAGUAUUAAAGUGUUGAAAGUGAUGCACA